AUGGUUCUGCAAGAGAUGGACCGGGCGAUCAUCCAGGGCUUCUUGCAGGCGGCCGAGGGGGGAAAACUGGUCCAAUCCAUCGAUGGGCUCCAUGAGUUCCUCGUCCAGCAUGGAGUCGCAUGGCGGCAGGUCAUUCAUUGUGACCAUGUGGGCGUCCACUCGCAAAAUCGAGAUGGACUGGGCUGCAGUUCGGCACAUGUGCAUGACUUGCUGAAGAGCAUCUGCUCCAUCGGUUUCUCGCAGAGCGAAGUGCGGGGCAUCUGCGUCGAAGUGCCACAUGGGCCGGAGGGUGAUGAGAUUCGGGGCUUCAACCAGCGACUCGUCAGUGAUGCAGGCGGCAGACUUGCACCUGUCACCAGCCUGCGAUAUGCAUCGGUCGUAGGAUCCCAUGCGAACCAGGCUGCAAGGUGCAUCUGGCACAAGGUUGCUCACGAUGACGAUCGACUCACUGUCGACGGCAAGCUCUCGCUUGAAAAGCUCGAAGCCGUGGACAGGGCCUGGGCCCGAUCGAUUCGAGAUGGACACACGUGGCUAGUCGUCUCCCAUGAACUAGCACAGGAGUUCCCCCAAUACUGCCUUCUCGCCCAAGCCGCCGGAAAUAUUCUUCGAAGCCGCUCACCCCAUGCAUCAGCACUUCCGUCCAUUUUUGGCUUCGUCCUCAAGUACGGAGGCGGAACAGAGCAUGACUCCUUCAUGGCCAGAACAGAACGACAUGUCCGAGCUCACGGCUUCCCCAAUCGAGUCCUGGGCGGUGACAUGUGGCAUGCAUUGUCUCAGGAUUGCAAGGGACCGGAGCAACACGUGUCCUGGCGACACAUGCUGCUGAAGUUCGGACUGUGCGGGCCAGAGAAGUGCUUGACUUUGACUGAUGUGAAACGAUCCCUCAGUGCCAGGGACGUCUUGAAGAGUGUCGGUGAAGCAGAAUCCUUCUUGCUGCAAGUGCAGAAGCUCGGGCAGGACCUUGACUCGGACACCAUCGAAGCCAGCCUCGGGAACUUAGAGGUCCAGCUGGCAUCCAUCGUCCUGCAGAAGAAGAAGAUCUCCCAACACGACACUUUGCAAGAUGCAGCCCGGAGCUGCUUGGAGAAGAUCGGGGCGCCGUGUCCAUGGGGGGUUGCGGCCUCGACAUCGACGGCGACCAGAGAGCCGUCCACUUUGCACCGGGGUUCGAGUUUGCGGGUCUACGACGAGACAGGGAAGCCUGUGUCCAACUCGCGAGUCGUGGACCUGGGAUUUCAGCCCGGGAAUGAAGUGAUCCGAAAAGCCGACGACAUGAAGGGCACCAUCAUGGAGAUCUCGGCGGAGAGUGUCCGCCUCCGUCUGACGGAUGGCCAGGAGUACCUGGCAUCCAGUCAAUCAUUUGUGGACGGAAAGUGGAAGCAGCACGUGCAGAAGGCGGAACCCGUGCUGUUUAAGGACUGGAGGAAAUAUGACCCAGUCCACAGCACGGAGUUCACCAUUGGAGUCGUGAAGGGCGUGGUUUUCCACUCCAUGUACGAGCAGUACGAGACGUUGAAAGUCGACGACCUUGAUAUCUUUUUGAAGCCGACCAAGAAUGUGCAGGUGAAGAAGAGCUACAACAUCAACAUCCUGAAGCUCCCCAUCGCCACGGCCAGAGUUAAUGUUGGUGAGACGGUGCCCGCGGGAGCAGUGCAGUUGGCUGUGUUGGCUGCAGGAGCAACCAACAAAGAGACCCACAAGAUAUACAUGCAGGCUCAUUUUCAAGGUCCCAAGACAGACUCCUCCCAGCAAGGCUUUAUCAAUCCAGUAUGGCUGAUGAAGAGCACAACAGAUCGGGAUGAGGCCAACAUGGAGCUGCAUUGGACGAGCAAAACCUCCAUGAACCAGAAGCUCACGUGCAAAUCCGCAUCGAUGACUCUCCCGAUCGUCCGCAAUUUUGUGAAGCUCGAUGCAGGCGAUUCCUUGGUGCUAUGGAGGCCCGACAUGGGCAAGAGCGAAUCGAUCGAGGUUUUGGAGCCCGUGAAGAAGAAGGCCCGAAAGUAA